AUGAAUACCAAUUAUGAACAACUCCUUGAAGAAACCAAAUCAAAAGUAUUAGGACUAUCAGAGUUAACGCCAGAGAAUCAAUGGGUUCAGGAUUCGGUUAAAGAUGGUUGCACUAUCCAUACAAAGAUGAAUCCAUUAAACGAGUUAAAAAUCAACAGAAUUGAAGCAUAAGUUGAUGUCGAUCCAGAAGCCUUUAUCAACUUGGUUACAAAUAUGACUAAAAAGAAGGAAUAUGAUUCCAAUUUCGAGGAGGUAUUAUAUUGGAAUAUUCUUAAGGGAAGAGUUCUUGAGAAGCUCGAUCAAAAUACAACUAUAUAUUAUGCAAGAGGAAAACCACCUGUAUUCAUUGUCGAUCCUAGAGACUUCUGUAUUAUUACAAGAAAUUAUAAAUUGGGCGAUGGUCAUUAUUUGGCUAUUUCAAAAUCAAUUGAACAUCCUUAAGCACCCUUAGUCAAAGGAAUUUAAAGAGCCGAGAUGAUAUUUGCUGGUUGGAUAGUCAAAAAAUUACCAAAUGGAAAAACAAACAUCAUUAUGAUAGGCCACAUGAAUCCAAAAGGGGAUAUUCCUAAAGCCAUUGUUAAUUAAGGAGCAAAGUUUUAAGUUGAAGGUUUAAAUAAGGCGUUGAACUAUUUAAAUAAAAAUAAAUAGUGA